AUGAACGUUGAAGUUGGGGACAGGGUCGUUGCACGGACAUCAGAUGGAAUCGCGUACACUGGAGUUAUCAUAGAGACAGACAAAAAACGACUUGAAGUUUCUUUACAAUUCGAUGAUGAUAAGCAGAUUUUGUGGCAACGAUAUUCAGAAGUUCGACUGUUGGAGAAGAAAAGCUCCUCUGCCUCUCGAUGUAGAGAAUGCUUCAGCCCCGGUGAUGAAGAUGAAAAAAAGUUGAAAGUUUGCGACAAAUGCGGAGAAGGAUUCCACGCAAGUUGUCAUCGCCCGAAUCUGACCAUUGCCGAUUUGGAUGGACAAAAAUGGCUUUGCAGAUUCUGCAUUUUCUCGCUUUGCUCAAGAAAAGGAGGAGCUGUUGUUCCAGAACAUCUGCGAUCUCAGUGGCAACGCGUGCGAAUGUCGCUUGCUUACGAUAAACAAGCGCUGAAUUGGGAUGCUCUUUACAGGAUAAACGAGCAAGAGUUGUACUGUUACUGCGGCGCUCCUGGCGACUGGAAUCAGAAAAUGCUCCAAUGUCUCGAUUGCCGUCAGUGGUUUCACGAAGCUUGCCUGGAAAAAGGAAGAAUUCUCAAGAAGCCAUUGAUGAAUGCGGAUUUGUAUUACAACUACAAAUGCGCCACGUGCAAGAAAGGAGAAGAUUUCAUUCAACGGCUUGAUCUCAGCUGGACUGAAGCCAUGCAGUUGAUUUUCUACAAUUUAAAGUUCGUCGCGCCACAACAGUACUUUCGAUUGGACACAGACAUCAUGCGUUACACAAAACUCGUCUGGGACGAUCUUCAACUCGUGAAACUGUCGAAAGAAGCGCCCGAUUGGGAAAGAAGAAAAGAAAAGAUUGUCGAAGCAAUGACGUCUUCUACCGAAAUCUUCAGGCAAUACAAACAUGCAAAUGGGCAGCUAAUGAAGCUCUGGAAACUGCUUGACGAAUCGACGCCGCCGAAGCCAUCGAAAAAAACGCGACGAUUGGCGCUAGAAAUAUUUCUCUUUCUCCCUCGAGCUCUUCAACCAACGAAGCCAAAAAAACGCCACUCAAGUUCAAUUUCCGAGGAUUCCGACGAUGUUUUCAUGAAAAACAAUAUGCGACAAUCCCCUGUUAGAACGCCUACCAGUAUAAAGAAAAAUCCGCUCAAACUAAACUACUCGCCUGCCCAAAAACUGCCGAAAAAUGGAUCCACCCCCACCCUGCCAAAUGAAUGGUCCCCCUCCUCGCCGAAACUUCCUCAUCCCACGAGCUUACGAAAAGUCGCCAAGAAAGAAUCCCCCGUCAAGAAGCCAAAAACACUCGCGAAGAAUUUCAAAAAAGGUUCAUCAAGUUCAAAAGUCGGAAAGUCGUCGACCGAAACUGGUUCUACGAGUUCCGCAGUUUCGCGAAUCUCGCCAACGCCAAAUGCAAAAGCGAAGGAAUCCCCGUUUACCCUUUCAAGCGCUAUUGAAGAACAGCCGAAAUUCGAUGCAAAGUGGAGAAUGGCCUCUGGCGAAGGGUUCCGCAUUCUCGGACGCCGGCGAGAACCAUCCGGUAUCAUUUCCUAUCAAAUCGAGUGGGAACAAAACUCCAACGUCGACUACUAA